UAGCAUUUGGUGAAAAAGUGCUCCAACUUCAACCACAACGACAGUAUGUAUAUGCAGUGUUGACGGAUUGUAUUAUCAUACGAAUCUUUAGAAUAGCUAGAGGAGAAAAUAAUCGAUUUUCGUAUAGAUACAUGGCAUCCGAGUCAUUAACAUAUAAUACUUCCGAACCUCCAAAUGGUUGGAAAUAUUUGGUGACAAUUAUGCAGAAUUCUCCGGACCAGUUGGGAUGGAUUGAGCCUUCAAUAAAUUUUGCAGAUGGAAAUACUAUAACAACUGUAACAUUAGUUCGAUCUAUCAGUGCGGGUAGAACUAGCAUUGUGUAUGAAGGAACCCUUGAGAAUAGUGAAAGCUCUGUAGUCGUGAAAAAAGCAAAAAACGCACAAUACUUACAUUGCUUUACCAACGAAAAGAAUGUAUUGACUAGACUAUCAGACCUGAAUUCACCUUAUCUUCCGAAACUCCUUCUGAGCAACGAUGAUACUCUUGUUAUGACUCCUCUAUGCAAUAAAGUCAAUAAUCUGCAAAUAAAAGAUAUUGAAAACAUCAUUAAAACCCUUGAGACAGUACAUUCAAAUUUUCAGCUCAUACAUAUGGAUCUUCGAAAGUAUAACUUCCUUCGUGAUGAUGAUAGUAACAUUUUAAUUAUUGACUGGGGAUAUAGUAAAACGCAAGGUGAAAAUGCGCCAUUUGCAGGAGCUCUUGAGUGUAUGCCUGAUAAUAUCCUUCAAUCAUUAAUUAAUGAAGAACAAAUUAAUUAUGAACCAACGAUUGAUUUGAUGUGUCUGGUCCGGUCACUUUAUCUGAUGCUUCAUCAACCAUUAUCGAUUGAGAAGGUCUCUUUUGAUAGGGUUCCAGAAAACUUCAAGAAACGAGCGCAAGAUAUAUUAGAUUUUUGGGCUGUUAAUGGAAAAUCCGAAUGGUGGAACAAAAUCAGUUCAGACGCCGAGAAUUUGAAAUAUGAUGACUUACUUAAAGAUAUUAAAAAGUUGUUCUGA